AUGGAAAAAUUAAAUUCAAAAGUAUCUUUCAAUAAAAAAAAUCAUUCAAAAAAUGAUAAUAAGGUAUGGCAUAUUUUUUAGGAUGACCAUAAUAACAAUUAACCAUCCCAAUAAUUAUCAUUGAUAACCAAGCCAAAUAUGAUAAAUCCUAUUUAAUAAUAUUAGGGUGAAAUAAAAUCACAGAAUGCCAAAAAUUUGACAAACUAAUGUCGCUUUUGUCACCAGAGAUUCAAAAAUUUUAAAGCACUUGGAGGACACAUAUCUAAAAGACAUACAGGGAGUUCACAAAAAUACAUUUAAAAAAUGAGAUCAUACAGCCGAAAUACUCAGUAGAGGUUUAACAGGAGAAUUCUCACAGAAUAUAUAAGAGGUUUAUUCGGAUUUGAAGAUUAAGGAGAAUAAUGA